GGGAAAGGGUGCUGCGGGCAACAGACUGCAGUUUGACCUCUUUUCCCCUCCUUCCUUCUUCACACAGCCUUCACAUGACAGGCAACAGACACACAACCCCGUCCACAUUUGCUUCUUCCCCUCUGUUUCUCCUCCUCCACUCAGUAGUAAAAACAGGCCUCCCCUCUUCUGUCUUCACAGUUCUGCUUCGCAAUGUUGGCUCAGGAGAUCUCCGACAGCCAAGACACCCAGCAAGACAAGGUCGAGAUUGCGGUCCUGAGUCAGGAUCAACGAGUAGUGACUUUCACCAUACGUCGUGACAAGAAGCUAGAUAAGCUUUUCAAAUCUUACUGUAGAGAGAGGGAACUGGAUAUCCAGACUAUUCAAUUCCUCUACAAAGGGAACCGGAUUAAAGGGUAUCAAACCCCCAACCAACUCAAGAUGAAGAAUCACUGCGAGAUCAAUGCGAUGGUCCACCAGAUGGGAGGCGGUAGCGGGGGCUUAGCACGUAACUCGGGGGCCGACCAUGGCCACUGAUCUGAGCUCUUUUCUGUUUAUCCGGUGGCCGGAUCUUGAGCCCUACCCCGCUGCUGCUGUUUAGAAGCUGACAGUUCUAUUCUCAAACUAUCUAGUUGAAACUUUAAUUAGUCUUACUGCUAAUUAGAUACAUCAAGCACAGCUUUAUGAUGCAUGUAAGCUCUAUAUGUCCUUUGCAGGCGCCUUGAGAUUACUUGAGAACUCAAUUACAGAGUUAUUCGAGUAUAUUACGUACUGAUGUUGUUAGGUGUCGUUUGAAGAAUCAAUUACUAUAUUUCCCAGAAGAGAUCAAUUGUUCAUGUGAU